UGCCCUCCGCAUUAUUUGUUUCUCUUCCCCAGCCCCUCUGGAGAGACUCAGCAGUGGUUGUGGGUUGGGGUUUGUGGUUGUAGUCGGGCUUUCCCUGAAGCCUUGAGCUGGAUUCUGCAGUGUCUGAGCAGAGGGAAAGUCAUCUAAGAGACUGCUAUUUCACAAGGUCUGGGUACAGAGCUGCCCCUCCCUUCCUCCCUGAAGUUUUCGUGAAGUGCACAUUGGGCUGUAAUUAGGGGAUCUGGGAGGAGAACUUUCCUAGUGACGCUUUGCUUUUCUUCUGCUCUUGGUGAGAAGUGCCCCCUUCUUCCUAGGAUCAGGAUCUCUGCCAUCCAGCACCACAAAGAGACAUUCUGAACACACACACACACACACACACACACACACACACACACACACACACACACACACACUUAAGGUGGGUGGAAACAGCACUAGCUUCACUUCAUCUCCAGGCUCCAACUUCAGCAGGACUUGAGCAGCUGAACUUCUGGAUUUCAACAAAAGUGAAGAAGAUCCUCUCGUUAGAAAGAUGAAGAGUUUACUUCUUCUGGUGCUGAUUUCAAUCUGCCGGGCUGAUCACCAUUCAGACAACUACACCCUAGAUCCUAACAGAGUUAUUCACAUCCAAGCAGAAAAUGCCCCCCGCCUUCUUGUGGAAGCAGAACAAGACAAGGUGUUCUCACAUAGAGGUGGCAACGUUACACUUCCGUGCAGAUUUUAUCGAGACCCUACAGCAUUUGGCUCAGGAACCCACAAAAUCCGAAUUAAGUGGACCAAGCUAACUUCAGAUUACCUCAAGGAAGUAGAUGUUUUCGUUUCUAUGGGAUACCACAAAAAGACUUAUGGAAGCUACCAGGGUAGGGUGUUUCUGAAGAGAGAGAGCGAGAAUGACGCUUCUCUGGUGAUCACAGGCCUUAGUCUGGAGGAUUACGGAAGAUACAAGUGUGAGGUCAUUGAAGGACUAGAUGAUGACACUGCUGUAGUAGCUUUAGACUUACAAGGUGUGCUAUUUCCUUACUUCCCACGACUGGGGCGUUACAAUCUUAACUUCCAUGAGGCGCAACAAGCUUGCCUGGACCAGGACGCAGUGAUUGCCUCCUUUGACCAGCUGUAUGAUGCCUGGCGGGGCGGGCUAGACUGGUGCAACGCCGGCUGGCUCAGCGACGGGUCUGUGCAGUACCCCAUCACAAAGCCCAGAGAACCCUGCGGAGGCCAGAAUACAGUGCCUGGAGUCAGGAACUAUGGGUUUUGGGAUAAAGAUAAAAGCCGAUAUGAUGUUUUCUGUUUCACAUCCAACUUCAAUGGCCGUUUUUACUACCUGAUUCACCCCACCAAACUGACCUAUGAUGAAGCCGUGCAGGCGUGUCUCAAUGAUGGUGCUCAGAUUGCAAAAGUGGGCCAGAUGUUUGCUGCCUGGAAACUCCUGGGAUAUGACCGCUGUGAUGCGGGUUGGUUGGCAGAUGGCAGCGUCCGCUACCCCAUCUCUAGGCCGAGAAGGCGCUGCAGUCCUGCGGAGGCUGCUGUGCGUUUCGUGGGCUUCCCUGAUAAAAAGCAUAAGCUGUAUGGUGUCUACUGUUUCAGAGCAUACAACUGAACGCACCCCUAGAGCGUGUCAGUUUUAAAGUCAUUUAAGAACAUGUGAAAGGGGUUUUGUUUGUUUGUUUGUUUUUCAAUAUGAACUCAUGCCAGUUACCAAAACUGUGAUAACCUUUUUUUUUUUUUACUUACUGUAAAGAGUCAUUUUCAUAAAGACCAAUUCAUCAAUUUGUUUUUUGUAAAGUUCUCAUUCAGUAUAUAUUAUAAAUUAAUAUAAUUUUAAGGGAAGUGCUACAUAAGGCGGUUUAGGAGCCACACUAUCCAAGCGGCGUCAUCACCGUGAAGUAUUCUUUCAUCGAUGGUGAGGCAUGCAAUAGCUGGAGGAUUGUUAGGGUCAGUGUUCACAAAGUAAAGUUACUCAGAGCUGCAGCUUCCAUGAGCACAAAUUUUACACAUUUUUACAGGUUUGAAAUGCAGUACAGUAAGACCAGUUAGAGCGACAGGCUUGAAAUGCAGACUUCUUCACAAAGAACUGAGAUUCUGAGAGGC